CGCUUCCACUUCUCACUCGGACCAUUCUGCUCACACCAAAUCUGCUUCUGCUAUAUCGUCCGACUCGGUCUCCACCUCGGCAGACAACUUCUCUCCAGAUUUAAAGGUCCUGAGGGAGACUAAUAAACUGGCUGAAAUGGAAGAGCCACCUUUGCUACCAGGAGAAACCAUUAAAGACAUGGCUAAGGAUGUUACUUACAUCUGCCCCUUCACUGGAGCAAUCAGAGGAACCCUUACUGUUACCAAUUAUAGACUGUAUUUUAAAAGCAUGGAACGGGACCCUCCUUUUGUCCUAGAUGCAUCUUUAGGUGUAAUCAACAGAGUGGAGAAAAUUGGAGGUGCUUCCAGUCGCGGUGAAAAUUCAUACGGGCUGGAGAUUGUAUGCAAGGAUAUUCGAAACUUGAGAUUUGCUCAUAAGCCUGAAGGGAGAACUAGACGAUCCAUAUUUGAGAACCUAAUGAAAUAUGCUUUCCCAGUUUCAAAUAAUCUGCCACUUUUUGCAUUUGAGUACAAAGAGGUUUUCCCAGAAAAUGGAUGGAAGGUAUAUGACCCCACUUGGGAGUACAGAAGACAGGGAGUUCCCAAUGAAAGCUGGAGGUUGACCAAGAUUAAUGAGCGCUAUGAGCUGUGUGAUACAUACCCUGCCAUUCUAGCUGUGCCCGUAAGCAUUCCUGAUGAAGAAUUGAAGAGAGUAGCAUCUUUCAGAUCAAGGGGACGCAUACCAGUGUUGUCAUGGAUUCACCCAGAAAGUCAAGCAACGAUCACUCGCUGUAGCCAGCCAAUGGUGGGAGUGAGUGGCAAGCGAAGCAAGGAAGAUGAAAAGUACCUUCAAGCCAUCAUGGAUUCUAAUGCUCAGUCCCAUAAAAUCUUCAUAUUUGAUGCAAGGCCUAGUGUGAAUGCUGUAGCAAAUAAGGCUAAAGGAGGGGGCUAUGAGAGUGAGGAUGCCUAUCAGAAUGCAGAAUUAGUGUUCCUGGACAUUCACAAUAUUCAUGUUAUGAGAGAGUCGCUGAGAAAACUGAAGGAAAUUGUGUAUCCCAAUAUUGAGGAGACUCACUGGCUGUCUAAUUUAGAGUCAACUCACUGGCUAGAGCAUAUCAAGCUCAUUCUCGCUGGAGCCCUUCGGAUUGCUGACAAGGUGGAGUCAGGGAAGACAUCUGUGGUUGUACACUGCAGUGAUGGCUGGGACCGGACAGCCCAGCUCACCUCUCUCUCUCUGCUCAUGUUAGAUGGCUACUACCGAACUAUCAGGGGCUUUGAAGUGCUAGUGGAGAAGGAGUGGCUGAGCUUCGGCCACAGAUUUCAGCUGAGAGUUGGCCAUGGAGAUAAGAAUCAUGCAGACGCGGAUCGCUCCCCUGUCUUCCUCCAGUUCAUCGACUGUGUCUGGCAAAUGACAAGACAGUUUCCUACAGCAUUUGAGUUCAACGAGUACUUCCUGAUAACCAUCCUGGAUCACCUGUACAGCUGUUUGUUUGGGACCUUCCUGUACAGCAGUGAGCAGCAGAGAGUGAAGGAGAGCCUUCCAAAAAAGACUGUGUCACUCUGGUCUUACAUCAACAGCCAACUGGAAGACUUCACUAACCCCUUGUACGUGAGCUACUCCAACCACGUCCUGUAUCCCGUGGCCAGCAUGCGCCACCUCGAGCUGUGGGUCGGCUACUACAUCCGCUGGAACCCCAGGAUGAAACCACAGGAACCUGUCCACAAUCGCUACAAGGAGCUUCUUGCCAAGCGGGCUGAGCUGCAGAAGAAAGUGGAGGAACUGCAGAGAGAAAUCACCAACCGUUCCACCUCGUCCUCGGAGAGAGCUGGCUCUCCCGCACAGUGCGUCGCUCCUGUACAGACAGUUGUAUAAUAUGGACUUUUUUUGCCAAGUACCUUCCCAGGACCAUGGGGGCAGCUUUUGUGAAACCCUCUGGAUUUCCAGCGUGGUGUCUGGGAGAUGCCAACCUAUUUAUUUAUUUCUUUCCAGGGUAAUUUAUUAGUACUGUAGCACUAGAGGAAGCUUAAGCAAAAACAAACAAGGCCCCCUAUGCAAUUAACCUUCUCAGUGGCUAGAUUAUAAUACAAGCUAAUUGCACUUGUCACCUAAAAGAAACCUAGAGCUCUUUCUUUGUUCACUUAUGUGCUGGAAAUCACUUGGCUUUAAAGAGAGACUGUGCACUAGAAUGAAGUACUGUGGAGGAAAAACAUCUACUUGCAAGUUUGAAAAACCUCCCCUUUGCUAAAAGGAAAUACCAACUCUGACUUUGUACUGGAGCCUAGAAUACAGCUGUAAGUCACGAAACCCUCCACUGUUCAUGUCUGCAGAACAGUGUUAAUGAGAGCACUUGCAACGUACUUAGAGCAAGCAGCGAUAGCAUCUGAAGCAUACCACUGUUCUGGCUUUUCCCUUCACUUUGAUCUAGAUCAUAGGAAGCCAUGUAAAUGAUGCCUUAUUUAAAGAAAGGGCAGCUUCUACCAAUAAAACAUGGUGGUAGAGGAGCGACCUACGUGACUUGACUUAACUUUGUAGGACAAAGUUUACUUCCAUCUCUGCAGCUUUAGAGUCUCGCUUAUGGUUUACAUUGAGUGUGCCAGGAUGCAACUUAAGCACCUUUAUUUCCGAGGGGGGAAGCAGAGCAUGGCUCCCCUGGGCUUUCUGCAGCUCCUCUGUCCUCCAGUGCCUCAUACUCAUCAGGGGAAAGGUAGUGGAAUACCAAGGGGCACGUGUGAACUGCUGGGAUCAGUCAUUUCACUUCGCUUGGGUAAGCAAAAUCAGUGAUUUUAAUGCUUCUGUGCAGGAUCAUAGUGGCAUACUUAAGGUGUUUCAGUUUUCUGUUAACUAAUGGAAGCAACCGUCUUAUCAACCAAAGAAGCCUUUCUGCCUGCGUUGCAACUGCUACUUAAGGUUAUUCUGGUAGACUAAACAGCUUAGCCAGUUUCUGAGCCCUGUGUUUAGGUCUUUUUCCUCAUAGCAUACUUCAAGAAUUAGCGCCACCUGACUAAACUUAAGUCCAAAUUAAAUUUUAAUACAAAAUUUUACUGUAGAAGUGGAGAUAAAAACCACACUUGGUGAAACCAUGACUGCCCCAUUGCUCUUCCAAACAGGUAAGUACGGGGUUGUACAAGAUAGGGCUCACAGCAAAGGAAGUUAUGUGUGUGCAAGGAUCUUUCUUUACUCCAGGCUGCUUUUCACCUCUGUGCUAAAGGAAGAGGGGCGCUGCUUGGUCUGGGUUCCUGUGUUGCUCUUUUAUGAUAGGAUCCCCUACUGUGGUCACCUGUUUAAUACACCCAUCAGCAUGCUUCUUUCUUUACUCAGCUGCUCUUCCACGAGAGAGAAGUUACUUUUUGAGAGAGUACAAGAAUGGACCAAUUUACACAUGUGAAAUUGCCUUUCAAAAGCCACAUUCCUUCCAAGGCUGUAACAAUAAUUUCCCCCUGCAGUCUCCAUUUCUGCCCGCUCUACUGCAGUCAGCGUCUCAGUCCUUACACAGAAAUCCACAGCCACCUUCUGACAGAACGAGUAACAGGCUGUAUAGCAUCACUGCAUUUGUUAUAGGGUGGCCCGAGACAUUAUGGUUCGACAGUGCAAAGAAUCCACACAAAAUACCUUCUGAAGGACUUGGAUUUGCUUUAAGGUUAAAGGGCAGAUCUGCUCUUAUGUACAAUCACUAUAUAAGAUGGUUCAUAGCAUUAUUCUCCAUUAGCAAAUCGACUAUGUGUGUAUAGUUUGUUCCUUGAUGAAGGCUGUUCCGUUUCCUUAAGACUAAUAAAAAUUGAUAAAUGG